AUGCCUGGGGCUGGGGCGGCUUCGCCGGCUUUUGGCUCCGCCUGGCCCGGCCCCGGCCCCGGCCCCGACCCCGAGCCCGAACCCGAGCCCGGCCCCGGCCCCGGCCCCGGCUCCUCCCGGGGCCCGCGGAGGACACAGGCGGCGUUGCCUCUCCCGCCGCCUCCGCUGCGGCUUGCCCGGCCCGAGCUCCGCCGCUCGGCAGCGCAGCCGCCGGCCCCGAACCUCCCCUGGAAGGCGCAGGAGGCCCUACAGGAGCGGUACCGCCUGGGUUCCCUGCUGGGGCGCGGCGGAUUCGGCAGCGUCUGCUCGGCGACGCGGCUCUCGGACGGCGCCCCGCCCGACGGCACCAGCGCUCCCCUGGAGGUUGUGCUGCAGGACAAGGUGUCCACUGGCUUCCCCGGUGUCAUAAAGCUGCUGGAGUGGCUUGAGCUCCCCAGCGACAUUCUGAUGGUGCUGGAGCGGGUCCUGCACCGCGACAUCAAACCAGCGAACAUCCUGGUUGACCUGGCCACCGGGCAGGCUAAGCUGAUUGACUUUGGCUGUGGCACCUACCUGCAAGACACAGCCUACACUCACUUUGCAGGAACACCAUCAUACAGCCCCCCGGAAUGGACCCGCUUUGGCUGGUACCAUGGCGAGCCAGCUACCAUCUGGUCCCUGGGCAUCCUGCUGCACGAGAUGGUCUGUGGGAAGAUGCCUUUCAGGAGGGGCUGGAACUUCAGCUGGGGCCAGCUCUCGCUGCCACAACGGCUCUCUCCAGAGUGCCAAAAUCUGAUCGGGUGGUGUUUAUCCAUGCACCCCUUGGCCAGACCCUCAUUAGAAGAGCUGUUCUGUCAUCCUUGGAUGCAGGAUACUCAUCUGCCGUAGAAGAAGGGAGAGAGCCACAGGCACACUUUGAUCCAGGGCCCUGGGAAAGAGAAGGAGCCCCUGGAGAAGCUGUACCGGGUGGGGCUGCUGCUGCAGGAGACAGCGAGGAUGACAUCAAGGAUGACAACCUCUUCCUCAACCUGGCCACCAGCAGUUGAAGAGGAAGCAUUCUAGGUGGUCCAGUCUGGAUUGGGAAGUGCUUGGGACCAGCUGCAGCGUGGAUGGGCCGUGCCCUUGGAGCAGGCUGAGGACAUCGCUUGGGACCAGCUUUUCUUCCAGCCAUGGAUGGCGUGAGCCAGGCUCUGCAGAUGCUGAGGCUGCUCUGGGCUCUGGCAGGGCUCUGCUGGAGCUCAGCACCGGGCUGGAAUCAGCCAAAGAAGAAAUGGUGUCACCUGCAGCACAGACUUGCUUGAGCAUUUUGACAAUGCAGCUCAAGUUUGCAGCGUGGACACCUCCAAUGGAAAACAUGAC